AAAAUCAAAUUCUACAAAUAUGAAUAAGCUGCUUAUACUGGCGCUUUGCCUGGGCGUGGCUGCUGCAGAUUUCCAGGGAGGACGACUCAAACGAGACGACUUCCAUAGUCGCCACUACACUGCCCACAACCAAGCCAUCGCGACCGCCCGCAAGAAUGCCUAUGCAUCCAGUGGUUCGGCCGGACUAGGGGCAGGCGUCGGUGGAGAUGCCUCUUUAGCAGGCGGCAGUCUGGGUAACCUGGAGAGCUCCUACGAUUCCGUGGGCGCCGUAGAGGCCGCUGAAGGCGCCUCCGGCCAGGGAAGUGCCAGCGAGACUUUUGGUGCUGGCUCUAACUUUGGUCACGAAUCUGGUGUCAACUUUGCAGGUAGCAAUUCCGCCGGGUUUGGUUCUCAGAACGCUGCUUCCUUCGGCGCCCAGAAUGCUGCUUCCUUCGGCUCCCAGAACACGGCCCAGUUUGGGUCUUCGUUCGCUAGCAACGCCGCCUUCAAGACCAGCCACUCGUCCAACUUUGGAGCCUCGUCCGCCCACAACGUGGGCAGCAAUGUGGAGUUUGCCGACAACUCGAAUGCCGGCGCUGAGGUCAACUUUGGCGGCGCGAACACUUUGAACUCCGAGUCCCAGCUUGUCAAUGGAGCCCAACAGACUGUCCAUACGGUCCAGGCAGCCCCCGUAAGGAGCGGCGCUAACGUCGAGUACAUUCGCCAGGAGAAGAUUGUCUCGGCCCCCAGGCAGGUUUUCUACACCGCCCCCUCCGGCGGCACCGAGAAAUAUGUCCAGCAUGUGGAGCGCAUUGUCGAGCAGCAGGCCCCAGUGCAGAUCGUCCAGGCCCCAGCCAGCACCCAGCACUACUACCAGCGCAAGGUCACCACCACCGCAUCGGCUCCCCAGGUUCUUGUGCAGCAGCAGCCCUCCAGCCGCCUAUCCUAUGGCUCCAACUAUGGCUCCAACUUUGGCUCCAACGCAGCCUUCAGUUCAAACCUUGGCAGCUCCUUCGGCCAUUCGGCAGGACUCAACGUCCAGCAAGCCAGCAACUCGCAGCUGCAGCAGCUACUCAACCAGGUACACCAGACCGCUAGACAGCAGGCAGCAUCCAGCUCGGUGAGCACUGGUUCCGGACUAUCCACGGCCGGCGGCUUCAACAGCGGCCUGACGAGUGGCAACCAAGUCGCGCAGACGCAGACGGGCAGCGGUUACGGCUCGAACGCUGGUUUCGGCUCCAACACCGCAUUCAAUUCGAACUCGGGCUUUGGCUUCAACUCUGCCAGCUCUCUGAACUCUGCCAGCUCCUUGAACUCUGCCAGCUCCUUGAACGCCGCUAGCUCCUUGAAUGCCGGAACCAGCGGUUCUCUCCUGAGUGGCUCCCUACUGAGUGGUUCUCUGUUGGGCGGCAGCCAGGGCUCCCUUCUUGGCGGUCAGAGCAACUUCGGUGUCUCCGGCGGUCUUGCCAGCGGCCAACAGCAGCAGCAGGAGUCGGGUGCCGGUAACUUUGGGGCUAGUGGUGCCGGUUCCGGUGGCUACCAGACCAAGCAAUGGGAGAAGCAGUCCAAAUGGUCCUCCCAGUCUGAGUUCGACUCGACCGGCCACGUGAAGAACUACAAGGACCUGGCCACUGGCGAGAGCGAGAACUACAACAUCAAUGGAAAGCAGUUUGGCUACAACGCGGCCACCGCCUCUGUGGAUGACAACGGCAAGGUCAGCACCUACAGUGUCCACUCCUAAGCAGUUUACUCUAAGGCAAUAAUGAUUUUGUGAAUCAGACAAUGUAUAACGAAAUGAUUAAAUGUCUCACAUUUAAACUAA